AUGUCGAGUGCUGUCAUUGGAAAGCCCCCGCCGGGUUUGGACUUGAGCGAAGACCGCAUCGCGCAGAAUGAUGGCAUUGUCGCGGCCGUCAUGGCCAUUGCCACGGUCUUCGUCGGCCUGCGCUUCUGGGCUCGAACGACGAACCGCAGUGCGACUCUAGAAUACGACGACUGGUCGCUUCUGGUGGCUCUGGCGUUCGCGUACGGGACAGGGGUAUGCUGCAUACUAGGCGGCGCAUACGGCAUAGGGAAGCAUAUAUGGGUGGUGGAACCAGAUGACGUUGUGCAGAGCAUGAAGAUCAUCUUCUCCUAUGUCAUCCUCUACGCCACGACCGUCCCAAUGGUCAAGAUCUCCGUCCUGCUCCUCUACCACCGCAUCUUCCGCUUCACCUGGAGCAUCUACGUCUGUGCGUUCCUCUCCAUCGGGUACACGAUCUCGGUGUCGACCACCAUCUCGCUGGCCUGUGUCCCGACCUCCUUCUUCUGGACGCAGUGGGUAGAUCCUCUGAGCGGCGGUUAUUGCCGGAUCAACCUAUAUAACUUUUACCUCUGGAACGGCGUCGCAAACCUAUUCACCGACGUGAUCAUCCUCUGCGUCCCGAUCCCAGUCGUGUGGAAACUGCAAAUGCCGCGGCCCCAGAAAUUCGCCAUCUGCGGUAUCUUCCUGCUGGGAGGAUUUGUCUGCGUCGCAACAAUCGUCCGCGUCUACACAAUCACCAAAAUGAAAAGCUCCGUCGACAUCACCUGGGUCAUCGGCGACGCCAUGAUCUGGUCCAACGUUGAGCCCUGCAUCGGUAUUGUCAGCGCCUGCCUGCCCACCCUGCGCCCUCUGCUCCGCCGCAUCCCCAAGCUCGGUCUAUUCAGCUCGCACCUCACGCGAGGCUCUCGCUCAAACAGCAAGCCCGGAAUGCCGGGGGCGGACCCGGAGAGUAUCACGAACUCUGCCAAUCGGUCUGCGUACCGCUCGGCGAAUGCCAAGCGGGGGCGAUUUCGGCCGGAGGAGGACGAGAUCUAUCUUACGACUGAUGUGGGCAGGGGGAGUAGUCUGAGGAAGUAUGAUGAGGUGUUGGUGACGAAUGAAAGCGUGGGCUCUGAGAAUGAUUCGGUGCCCAUGCAGAUUCGCGUGAACCACAAGUUUCAGUGGAGUGAGGAGAAUCGGUGA